GAUAUGCAACAACUCCCUUGAACCUCACUCUCUCCUUUCUGUCUCACUUUCUCUCACUAAAAAUAGUAAAAAUCACACGUCAACAUAUCUACACACACAUAUACACCAUUAGUGUGUGUAGUAUAGUAUGGCGGAGAUAGAGUAUGAAAGCAAAGCAUGCAGCAACGGCCCAUUAAAAUUAAAACUCUUCGGCUUCAACAUGAUGGAGGAUCAAGAGGAGGCCGCCAAGUCGCCGGAAUCCGCCGAGUUCCCCGCCUCCGACGGCCGGAAAUACGAGUGCCAGUACUGCUGCCGCGAGUUCGCCAACUCGCAGGCCCUCGGCGGCCACCAGAACGCGCACAAGAAGGAGCGGCAGCAGCUCAAGCGCGCCCAGCUGCAGGCCAGCCGCAACGCCGCCGCCUCCUACAUGCGCAACCCCAUGGUCUCCGCCUUCGCGCCGCCGCCCCACCUCCUCGCCCCACUCGUCGCCGCGCCGUCGUGGGUCUACGUGCCGCGAGGCGGCGCCGGCGCGGCGGCGCAGCCCUUCCAGGUGUCGCACGGCUGCGUCUUCCCCGCGGGGGCGCCGGCUUCGAGGGGAGCCGCGGAGCCGCCGACGCCGCAGCCGGCCCUGAGGGCCCACGGUGGGAGGUUGGAUGGGCCGUCGCUGAGUGGGUUCUCGAUGGUCGAAGAUGGGCCGGGCUUUUAUGACGGGUUUGGAGUGGAUCUGCAGCUCAGCCUAGCUCCGGCCGGUUCGUGAAACUGCUUGUAUUCGGCUCGGCUCGACUCGAUUUAGGUCUGACUAGUCAGCUAGAUAGGAAGCUUAUGUUUUGGUAAUUAUUUUAAUUUCUCUGUAGUUUGAAUUUUGUACAUUUUCAGAUUUAAUUUUUUUAUUUUAUUUUUUCCUCGGGGGAAAAUUUCUCACUAGCAUGGAUUACUUCGUGAAUUUUGAGUUUGAAUUUUUGUGAUUCAA